AUGCAGGCAAUGCAGCAGGAAUUGGAGACCUUGAGGCAUGCUGCCAAUACUGGCGCUGCUACCGCUGCUACCGUUGGUGCCGCUACUAGCACUAUUCCUGCUACGGGUGCUAUUCCCACUAGUGUUCCUCAGACUGCACUUCCGAUCAGUGGUGUUUCUCUUGUGAAGUGGGUUGGCAUGAAGUUAGAUUCCUUUGAUGGCAGUGGCUCUCCAGUUGAGGCAGCAGAUUGGCUAACUUAUGUGGAGGAUAAGAUGGAUGUCUUUGAGGUGGCUUAUGGGGAUCGUGUUCGCUAUGGGACACAGUUGCUGACGGGUGAGGAUCAGAUAUGGAGAGGCGUGUAG